UAGAGCACUUAUGAAACAGAACCUUGCUUACAAAUGACUGCUUUACAAUCUUAUAUCGGUUUCUGCUCGCUUAUGCUGUUUGCCAGAAUAAAAGGACUUGUGAAAGGCAGCACAGCUCCAGCUCAGCGAAGGACUUGCGGAAGCUGAACAAUUCCACUUCUGCAAGAUAGCGGUAUGAUUCUGAGAAUUGGUCCUUACUCUCUUUAUCUUCAGUAGUUCCUCUCACCGGCACGGCUCUCGUAUGCCUUGUCGAGCUCAUCUCUCUUUGUGUGCCCUCCUCCACUGACAGUCAUCAUUGUGACAUGCUGCUUCGAAACCCUCUGUCAGCCAUCGGAUGGCUCAUUCUGGCUCUUAGCUGUGGAUGAGGAAGAGACAUGCUGGCCAGGAUGGAGAGAUGAGUGCAACUGUAUCUGGUGGCAGUGGAAGUAAGCCCAGGGCACCUGGAUGUAUUCCUGCCAAAGGGAGAGGGAGAUAUUUACCCCUGGAAAACAGUCAACAGGGAUGGGGUUGGAUGGCAUCUCACCACAAGACCUCUUCUUUUUAGCCAACAAUGCCUCUAAAGUAAGAGCUUAGGCAGCAAAGCAGAAUUUUGUGUCACAUCUAGUGGUGCCUGAAGAGGAACCUUGGUUCAUUGAUUGCCAACCAGCACCAUGGCUGACUCUUACUCCGUAGGAAGCUACAACAGCAGCUCCCCCGCCGCCAGUGCUUGGAACAUCACUGGCAGCGGCCCGUGGUUGUUGGCUUUCAUGCUGACUGUCAUCAUCCUCAUGACAGUCUGUGGCAACAUGUUGCUGAUCGCCGUGGUGUUCGCCCAUCGUUCUUUGCGCUGCACCUCAAACUGCUUCUUGGUGUCUCUGUUCCUGUCCGACCUCAUGGUGGCUCUGGUGGUCAUGCCCCCGGCCAUGCUCAACGUCCUGUGCGGGGCCUGGGUACUGUGGCCCGCCUUUUGCCCCAUUUGGCUCUGCUUUGACGUCAUGUGCUGCAGCGCGUCCAUCCUCAACCUGUGCGUGAUCAGCCUGGACCGCUACCUCUUCAUCAUCUCACCGCUGCGCUACAAGCAGAGGAUGACACCGCCGCGGGCGUUGCUCCUGGUAGGAGCUGCUUGGGGGUUGGCAGCGUUGGCCUCCUUCUUGCCCAUUCAGAUGAAAUGGCACAGUUUGGGCCACUGGAGCGGACACCCAUCGGUUCUCAGUGGCAAUAUCAGCUCCUUCUCUGGCACGCAGCACCCAGCAUCCUACUUUCACCUGUCACCAUCUGGAGGCCUUUCCUUUCAGUGCCGCCUGCGGGUCACCCUCCCCUUCGCCCUGGUAGCAUCAGUACUCACGUUCUUUUUGCCCUCCAGUGCCAUUUGCUUCACUUACUGUCGGAUCCUUCUGGCAGCGAGGAGGCAGGCGAAGAGGGUCGCGGCACUGAGCCACCCACCCCACCCACAUCCCUCUUUAGGGGAACCCUCCAGGCCUCCCUCACCUGGGGUUGCAGCAGGGCAAGCUCAGCAGGACGGAGAUGACUGCAGCCACCAAGAACCUCCUGUGUCGCAAAAUGUACCGCGGUCAGUGAACAGUGAGCGUCGUCUGGCUCACAGGCAGGGUCGGAGGGCACUGAAGGCCAGUCUGACACUGGGAGUCCUCCUGGGACUCUUCUUCAGUGCUUGGCUGCCCUUUUUCAUCACCAACAUGGCUCAGGCAGUGUGUGAGUGCAUCCCUGUGGCGCUCUUUGACGCCAUCACCUGGCUGGGCUACUGCAACAGCACGAUGAACCCCAUCAUCUACCCGCUGUUCAUGAGAGACUUCAAGCGAGCUCUGGGGAGGCUCCUGCCCUGCUGUUCCUCACAGUCGCCCAGAAGACCGUCCCCAGCUCUCUCCCUGUCCCUCCGCAACUCAGGAGAGCCCAACAUCAUCAGUGACCCCCCCUCUCCGCUGGCCUCUGACCCCACACACCCUCCCGCCACCGCCACCGACGCCGUCAACCUGCUGGAUGCAGAGCAGGCUGGCAUUGAGCUGCCUCUGCUGCUGCCUAAUCAGGUGGACACGCUGGAUUGAAUAGCAAUUAAUAUAAAUGCUAAUAUGUCACGUCAAGUGAUUCGAGACAGGCAAUGAGACUCCAACAGCAAUUCUUAAUUUACUCACCAUGAGUUGAGAUUAAAUUAAAAAAAAGAGAAAGAAAUUCAUUUUUUUUUUUAUCGUUGCAGAUAAAUGUCCAUGGACACAAAUUCACUUAUUCCAUCUUGAAAUGUGUGUUUCUUUCCAAUUAUGAAAUGUAUUGGUGCACUACCAAGAUAAAAAAAAAAAUCAGGGACUUUUUCCAGUAUUAUCAGUGCCGGUAUAUAAUGUAACUAAACCCUUCACA